AUGAAGCAAGCCUGGCGUCGUAACAGUAUCGCUGGUCUACCCACAGAUGAACUUCGCAACGACACCAAUCCUUCUGGGGCCGUUCGGCUUGGAAAAUUUACAGCGGGGGCUCCGAAGGACUCGAGCACCACCGAUCUGCCGCAUACCAGCUCCUCUACUAACAUGAAAACCGAACCGAUGACGAAUAUGAGUGACCAUAGGUCGGUAAUCAGCCCCAAAAUGGAUCCAGAGGUCCCGUUUGAUACGAUGUCCUCGACAAGUGAUUCAAGCGACAGUCGGGGUUGGAGUAUUUUGGAAAAACUGAAACGAAGGAAGCAUGGUCGCCUGUGUUGUCGGUCGAUAGUACGCGAGACGGACGGCUCAGUUGUCUCCAUCGGAGAUGCUGUGGAGUUCAGUUCAGAGAACGACGAUGUAUAUUUGGGUGAAGUCCGAGAAAUACAAUGGAAUGAAACUAUAAACAACUUGGUCGUGGUUGCCGCCUGGUUCUAUCACCCAAAAGAAACCGGCUCGGUAGGUUCACAGAUUACAUACAUCAAAGGCGCUCUGUUUGCUACGGCACACUUAGACGAGAACGAGGCUCGGUGCAUCAACCGUCGGGUCACCGUGCUCACAUCUUAUGCCGAAUAUCGCCGGCGGAUGGGGACUAUCGAGUCGAAGACAGAUGCAAAUCGGAAUGAUGGCGUUGGACGGAAAUCAGAUGAUCCGCAUCGCUGUUCCGACGAACCACAAACUACUAUAGUGGCUGAUCCAUUUGAGUCAAGCGACACUCAAGACGCACAAUCUACCGCGACCUCGGAGCGCACAGAAGACGCCAUGUACUUUAUAGCUGGUAAAUACGACCCGGUGAAUCGUCGCGUGCUGUCCUGGGAUCCGGAUAUUGAGAAGCUGAUCAAGCGGGAUAAAUGACAAUCGGACACCAUACGCGUCGCAUCAUUAUUCAUUCGCAAUAUCCAAACACCCGGUGGCAUCAUUUUUGUUGUAAGGCUGUGGACUCAAUGUGACGCUCGACUGGUGUAACCCUUUUUCGAACCCCAUCCAUCCAUUCUUUGAAUCAAG